AUCAUCACCUGUGCUCUGUGCUGGUGUAGACUGCUAAUUUGUUUCCAUCACUUCUUCCAUCAGGACCCUUACAGCUCAGUCUUCUCAGCAGGGAUUGGUGAGACAGGGUGAAAAUGGGUGACGCUGCCAUGAAAGAGUUUGGGGCAGCAGCCCCAUACCUGAGGAAGUCAGACAGGGAGCGUCUGGAGGCCCAGACCCGGCCCUUCGACAUGAAGAAGGAGUGCUUUGUUCCAGACCCUGAUGAGGAGUACGUGAAGGCUUCCAUCACCAGCCGCGAGGGCGACAAAGUCACCGCUCAGACUGAGAAAGGAAAGACGGUCACAGUGAAGGAGAGCGACGUCCACCCUCAGAACCCGCCAAAGUUUGAUAAAAUUGAAGACAUGGCGAUGUUCACCUUCCUCCAUGAGCCCGCCGUGCUGUUUAACCUCAAAGAGCGUUACGCAGCGUGGAUGAUCUACACCUACUCCGGACUCUUCUGUGUGACUGUCAACCCCUACAAGUGGCUGCCGGUCUACAACCAGGAAGUAGUGGUGGCCUACAGAGGAAAGAAGAGGAGUGAAGCUCCUCCUCACAUCUUCUCCAUCUCUGAUAACGCCUAUCAGUACAUGCUCACUGACAGAGAGAAUCAGUCCAUCCUCAUCACUGGAGAAUCUGGUGCUGGGAAAACUGUCAAUACCAAGAGAGUCAUCCAGUACUUUGCCAGCAUCGCGGCUGGAGGUGGAAAGAAAGAAAGCUCUGACAAAAAGGGAACUCUGGAGGAUCAAAUCAUCCAGGCUAACCCGGCUUUAGAGGCCUUUGGUAAUGCCAAGACCAUCAGGAAUGACAACUCCUCCAGAUUUGGCAAAUUCAUCCGAAUUCACUUUGCAGCCAGUGGGAAGCUUGCCUCAGCAGAUAUCGAAACAUAUCUGCUGGAAAAGUCCCGUGUCACCUUUCAGCUUAAGGCUGAGAGAGACUACCACAUCUUCUACCAGAUUCUGUCUCAGAAGAAACCAGAGCUGCUGGAGAUGCUGCUCAUCACCAACAACCCGUAUGACUACGCCUUCAUCUCCCAAGGAGAGACGACCGUGGCCUCCAUCAAUGAUGCUGAGGAGCUGAUGGCCACUGAUAUGUUAGUCUGCAUAUCAGCAAGGAUGAAGAAACGGCCGCCUGGGAGUGAAGCUGAUUGGCUGCAGUAUUAA